AUGGUCUACUUCUCCCAUCAUGCCUUGCUCUCUGUGGGCAUGAUGAAAAUACCCCUUCCGAGCCGGCAGUCACUAUGGGAUGCACCGUCAGCCGUCAAAUGGGAGGAUGAAAUGCGCCAGCUAAAGAAGACAACCCGAUCAAGGUACUUCAGUCUGGACUCUGCCGUGCAAUCAAUACUAUCCAUGAAAGACGCAGAACACAUGCGUGAGGUUCUCCACUGGCACAGCACUCCCAGCCCGCUAUCACUGCACAUCCUUAUCCAUGGCAUAACGUCGGCGAUAGGGGAUGCAAAGUACCGAUCCGUCUCGUCUUCAAGUAGUUUGGUUAUUCGCGAGCUGCAGAGACUGGAGUUUGACAGCGCACUAGCGUACUGGCGAGACCAGUUCGACCAGCUGUCGGGCCCUGAUCAGCGAUGUCAGCUAUCGUGGUGUGCCCUGGUCAUGUAUGACUUCUCUGCAGUGCUACUGCGGAACAACCUGUCCGACAUUCAGAUGGCAGCUGGAAGUGCCUUUUCAUCGGGACGCACAGUUACACCUCAAGUAGCACAGGCGGCGUACACGCGGCUGGUGUCCACGGACCCUGUCUGCCACGAUUCCUACCUGCACGCCCUCGAAGUGGUUGGUCUAUGUAUAGAGGAAGGCACCAGCAACGGUAGCGUCAAGCCCGGCCUUGGAGUGUUAUUGUCCCAGCCCAUAUCCCAGCCUCGACCGUUAUGGCAGACGUAUUGUGCGUUCCUUGGCCUUCUCGUCCUCUGGGCUCGAGCCCUCGGUCUAGAAAACAAGGAGCAGUCUCGCAACGCAUCGAGGAUAGGGCUACGGCAGUUCUCACUGCAGGCAAUUCCUUCAACUGCUGCAACCAUCUUGGCCAACAUGCACCACAGGGAGCAGGCUCAGUUCUCAGCCGCCUCGGUAGAAGUCCAGGUGCUUAAAAGCGAGCUGAGAGAAUUGAUCGGCACCGUUAGUGACCGGCUCUCGGCCAGCUCAUGGGAGAUAUUUGAGAGGGAAGGGCUGAACUACCAUAGAAGGGCGAGCUCUCUUCUACAGGCUUCCCGUGAAUGA